CCAAGUACUUUCAUGUGAAGUAGCUUGAAACAAAAGAGAAAAACAAAAUGACUCAAUGGAGCUGAAAAACUACACCAGGGUGAAAGAAUUUACUUUCCUUGGCCUAACCCAGAAUCAAGGACUGAGCUUGGUCUUAUUUCUUUUCCUGCUUCUGGUGUACUUGACAACUCUCCUGGGAAACCUUCUCAUCAUGGUCACUGUGACCUAUGAGUCUCGCCUUCAUACCCCUAUGUACUUCCUGCUCCGUAAUUUAUCUGUUGCCGACAUCUGCUUUUCCUCCAUCACAGCUCCCAAGGUUCUGGUGGACCUUCUGUCACAGAGAAAGACCAUCUCCUUCAAUGGCUGCUUCACCCAGAUGUUUUUCUUCCACCUUGUUGGAGGGGUGGACGUAUUUUCUUUGUCAGUGAUGGCACUGGAUCGAUAUGUGGCCAUUUCCAGGCCCCUGCACUAUGUGACCAUUAUGAGUAGAGGCCGUUGCAUUGGAUUAAUAGUGGCUUCCUGGGUGGGGGGCUUUACCCACUCCAUCGUACAGAUUUCCCUGUUGCUCCCACUCCCCUUCUGUGGACCCAAUGUUCUUGACACUUUCUACUGCGAUGUGCCCCAGGUCCUCAGGCUCGCCUGUACAGACAUUUUUAUGCUUGAGCUGUUGAUGAUUUCCAAUAAUGGACUGCUCACCACACUGUGGUUUUUCUUCCUCCUGGUGUCAUAUAUGGUCAUAUUAUUAGUAGUAAGGUCUCAGGCAGGGGAGGGAAGGAGGAAAGCCAUCUCUACCUGCACCUCACACAUCACUGUAGUGAUUCUGCAUUUUGUGCCCUGCAUCUAUGUCUAUGCCCGGCCAUUCACCGCCCUCCCCACAGAUAAAGCCAUUUCUGUCACCUUCACUGUCAUCUCUCCUCUGCUGAACCCCUUGAUCUACACGCUGAGGAACCAAGAGAUGAAGUCAGCCAUGAGGAGAUUGAAAAGAAGACUCAUACCUUCUGACACGGAAUAGA